GCCAAGUAGCUCCAAAUACAAAAUGGGCUCCAGGCCUUCCCCCAAACCCUAAACCUCGCAAAACCCUCCGCCCCCCGCUCCCCACUCCCUCGCCGUACACCACCGCCGAAGAGAGCGCGGAGAGACCCACCCCACGGCGAUGUCGACGGCGGCGGCUACGGUGUUCCGCGGGUGCCGGGCCCUCAUGUCCCCGGCGGCGGCGGCGGCAAAGGGGGGCAAGAAGACCGCAUCGGCGGCGGCGGCGGCGGCGAAGGGGGGCAAGAAGCCCGCGCCGGCGGCCGCGAAGCCCAAGGCGGCCAAGAAGCCGGUGGAUCCGAACAAUCUCCGCGGGAUCAUGCGGCCGGUGCCGGUCUCGGACGCCCUGCGCAAGUUCGGCGGCGCCGCUCACAUCUCCCGCUCCGGCGUACUCAAGAUCGUCUGGGACUACAUCAAGGCCAACGACCUCCAGAACCCACUGAACAAGAGGGAGAUCAUCUGCGACGAGAAGCUCAAAACCAUCUUUCCAGGGAGGGACACGGUUCAUAUGAUGGAGGUCACCAAGCUCUUGUCCCCUCAUUUCGUGAAGAGUAUCUAAGGCUGUCGAGUUGGGGGCCAACGCUGGUGCUUUCUGCCCAGGGCCAGCGUUGGAAUGGAAGGCUUCUUUUGCGAUCCCUGUCCAAGUCAAGGUUCUACUAGGUAGUUAAGUUAAUACGGAGUUCAGACUUCAGACUUUGUUUGCCAUUUAAGGGUUGGGGGCUCGGUGAUGCAUGUAAGAAGGAUUCCUCGUGUUUUGUGGUUCUCUCGUGCCAUCCUGCGAGGGCACACCCACAUGCACAUGCAUGUUGACGUGGUUCGGUGUUUUUAGUCUGUUAAUUCCACUUUGCCCUUGUCAUGUA